AAAGACAUUCUUAGAUUUACUCCUACCCCUAGAAUUGGACGAAUCAGAGCAGUAGUGCAUUUUUCUCCCUCUCUCGGAAAUAAACCAAUCAAAGUGAUGCUAAAUUACCCCUUCCACCAAGAAAAAAAACGAAUUACGCGCCGCCGGCUCUGCGAGUUGACAAAAAGGCGAUUUUCGGCUCCGAAAACUCAUUCUAUUCUAAGUUUCUGAACGUUAUACUACGUUUGUUCGGAGAUUAACUAGCUUAUCAUGGCUCGUACUAAGCAAACUGCUCGUAAGUCAACUGGUGGAAAGGCUCCACGCAAACAACUGGCUACCAAGGCCGCCCGUAAGAGCGCGCCAGCCACCGGUGGAGUCAAGAAGCCACAUCGUUACCGUCCCGGAACAGUCGCUCUCCGUGAGAUCCGUCGUUACCAGAAGAGCACUGAGCUCCUCAUCCGUAAAUUACCAUUCCAACGUUUGGUGCGUGAAAUCGCUCAGGACUUCAAGACCGACCUGAGAUUCCAAAGCUCUGCUGUAAUGGCCCUCCAGGAAGCCAGCGAAGCCUACCUCGUUGGUCUUUUUGAAGACACCAACCUCUGUGCCAUCCACGCCAAGCGUGUUACCAUCAUGCCCAAAGACAUCCAAUUGGCCCGUCGUAUUCGAGGAGAACGUGCCUAAGUUAUUUUUCAACAUCAAAAAUUAAUAA